ACUAGUGUCGUUUUCACUAUGGCGUAAGGGGUGUAAACAAAUGCGAUGGAAAAGCGCGUCCUCCGUGUGGAAAAUACAUCUGCGAUAGAGAUGAUUUAUGUCAAGUGCGUUUAUUUUUUAUAUAUGAACAUAGCGAAGAGCUUUAGUGAUGCUAAAAGGACGAAGAUCGUCGGUUUUAUGUAGCAUGAAGCGGAUCAAAGCUGCACUUCCAAACCGCUUUCACAUACACUGUUUAUCCUGUUAGUUUGCAGCUGUUUUUACUCGAAAUUAUGUUGACGGGGUCUAAAACCACCUUUAAAGUCAGGCAGCUGGUGCCAGACAUGAAGGAGAGGAUGUUAAGUCACAGUAGUUUUCACACGCGGGGGAGAGAUGUCCUUGGCCUCUGCUGUUUGCCAGGUGAGUGUGUGCUGCAGAGAGCCGUGCUGGUGAGGAAAAAGCUGUCGGUUAAAGAAGGAAGUGGAUGGUUGUCUGGGACUUUGUUUUGCACUCACUUCAGAGUGGCGUUUGUGCCUCAGGACAGCCAGAGACCUGAUGAUAAUGCAGAUCCCGUGCUGCUCGGAGACCACGAUGUAGCUCUCGCUUCUAUAGACAAAGUCGUGGCAGUUGGACCGUCUCGCACCAAACUGGUGACCCCAAACGGCUCUCUGAAGUUCACUCCAGAGGAACUGGUGCUGUACUGUCGGGACCUGCGUGUCUUCUGUUUCCUGUUUGACAGACUCACACCUGAUGCCCAAGCGAUGGAGAUCACAUACACCAUUGCUAAGACCUACCAACCACUGAAACCUGGGACCCUCCUCUCCUUCCAGAAUUCUGCUUUGGGUAGUAUUGAGAUGAAGCAGUUUCUAAGCAACCGGCGACGUGACCCAAACAUGAACUGGUUCGAGUGUUCGGCGGACUGGGAGCAGGAGCUGGAAAGGGCAGGUGCCACGGGCUGGAGGGUCAGCUCUGUCAAUGACCGCUUUGAGAUGUCCACCAGCCUCCCAAGAUUCACUGUGGUUCCCCAUCGGGUCUUAGACACCGAGUUGAAGAAAACAUUCGCCCACUUCAAUGACGGACGAAUCCCACGAUGGUGCUGGCGACAUCCACGGGGCAGCGAUUUAUUAAGAAUGGCCAGCUUCCAAAAUAACAUCUACCAUGAGAAGGAUGACAUCAGGAAUCUGGAGCUGGUGCUGUUUGGUGGUCAGCAGAUGUGUGUGAUCGUGGACCUCGGGGAGGAAAUGCCAUCGCCCGCGGACAUCCAGGUGGCUCACACGAGACUUCGGACGCUUUGUCUGGGCGAUAUUUCAUCGUCUGUAUCAGUGCCAGAUGAUAAAUGGCUCUCCACACUUGAGAGCACACGCUGGCUCGACUAUAUCAGGUGCUUUCUGAGAAAAGCAGCAGAGGUCGCUUGUUUGCUCAGAGGAGGUCACAUGACUGUUGUUCUCCAAGAGUCGGAGGAUCGAGACAUGAACUGUGUGGUCUCUAGUCUGGUGCAGGUGAUGUGUGAUCCUCACUGCAGGACUGUAGCUGGAUUUCAGAGUCUGGUGCAGAAGGAAUGGAUUACAGCCGGACACAAAUUCCUCAGCCGCAUCAACUACCACAGGGACUGUGAUAAAGAAGAGGCCCCUGUGUUUCUGCUGUUCCUUGACUGUGUGUGGCAGCUGUGGUCUCAAUAUCCCACCCGCUUCCAGCUUACAGAAGAGUACCUGCUGGCUCUGCAUGACAGCGUGCAGCUGCCGCUCUUCAGUAGCUUCCUGGCCAACUCUCAGAGGGAAAGAUGUCGCCGCUCGCAGCAUCUGCCCCAGAGCUACACGCCUGUCAAUGGGCUGAGGGAGCUGCCCAUGGGUGAACCAGAGGAACCGGUGGACCCGCCUUUCCCUCCGGUGUGGGACUGGGCCCUGCAGUACAGCAGCUCGAGGCGAGCCCGCUUCACACAACCUGUGUCACAGGCCGCCUGUAUUCCACCCGUCCUCAACGGAAACCUCAAUACAAACCUGGAGCGCAGCUGGCACAGUGAUGGACUGCCGGGUUCGGUGUUCCUGCUGUCUCGUAGUUCAUUCUCCAAUCCCUCAAACCUGCUGCCCUGGCGGAGCGGGAACUCCGGCUCUUACUGGAAGAGUCACCGCAGGGCUCCUUCCUCCGAGGGUUUGUCCGGACUUGAGCGGCUCAUCAGAGCCUGUUCACUCUCUGAUCCCUCAGAAAACACCACCACCCUACAUGAUCCGUUCGAGCCCCUGCUGCCCCUCCUCAUAGGGCCCUGUGUCAGAGUAUGGAGGGGAUGCUAUUUACGGGGUGCGCUACACCCCCAGGCCUUUUCGCACCCCAUGUCUUCCUGCAGCCAGCAUCCUUUAGAUCAGCUGGCCUUUGAAGUGCAGGAGCUCGGAGAGAAACUCGCUCAGGCUUCUGUCAGACACCCUGAACACCAGACCAGACAACAGGAGCCACGUCGGCUGGAGUCCAACCUCAACCAGAACGCCAACAAUGGGACCUUCCUCUUCUCCUCUAGAUCCUCUCAACACCAGCCACCGGCCAGCAGAGGGUCAACCCGACCCACAAACCUUACCAGAGCCCCAUGGACCGCCUCCGAGCCGCCCAGGUCUGCACAGAGGAUUAGCGGCAAGCACACGUUUCUGUUCGGCCACCAACAAGAGUCACAAUCAGUCCAGCGUUACAUUCCAUCUCCUAGUGCCAAAUAUCCCAAACACGCAGGAAACACACACUGAU